UCCAUUUUCAUGCUGCUGAGAAAGACAUAACCAAGGCUCAGAAGAAAAAGAGGUUUAAUUGUACUUAUAGUUUCACAUGGCUGUGGAGGCCUCAGAAUCAUGCCGGGAGGCCACAGGCUCUUCUCACAUGGUGGCCCCAAGGGAAAAAUGAAAGAGCUCAUGCCGGGGAACUCUCUUUUUAAAGCCAUCAGAUCUCAUGAGACUUAUUCACUAUCACGAAAACAGCACGGGAAAGACUUGCCCCCGUGAUCCAAUGACCUCCCACCAGGUGCCUUCCACAACAGGUGGGAAUUGUAGAUGAGAUUUGGGCGGGGACACAGCCAAAUCAUAUCACAGGGUGAGUCACGGCUGUUGGUAGUGGUUGGGGUAUAGAAGAUAAGGAGACAGGAGUACGGAGUCCAUGAGGGUAGGAGGUGCCAGGGGACAGAUCUGUGAAGCCAGGAACAUGGGAGCUGAUGCAGUUGCCAGGGAGAAAGCACCUGGAUGCCAGGCUAUUAGAAGCAGCAGCAGUUAGGGACUCCAGAGCCGGGCAGAUGGGAGAGCGCUGAGGCUCCCCGUGUGCAAGUGGAACUGCCGGCUGAGGGCUCGCCCUGUCUGUGUGCUGGCUGCUCUUGUUUGAGAGGCUGCACCUCUGGGGCUGCUCAGUGGGGCCGAGUUCCAUGUGGACUCAGGCAGGUUUAUGUCUCCUGAAGCUCAGGCUGCUCCCUUCUCCCUUCUGCUUCUCACACAGAGACUGAGCAGGAACCUGUGGUUUCAGGAGUCGGUGGCCUUUGAGGACGUGGCUGUGUACUUCACCCAGAACCAAUGGGGCAGCCUCGACCCUGCGCAGAGGGCCCUGUACAGGGAGGUGAUGCUGGAGAAUUAUGCAAACGUGGCUUCCCUGGCGUUUCCAUUCCCCAAACCUGCUCUAAUCUCCCACCUGGAGAAAGGGGAAGCGCCGUGGGGACCAGAUCCCUGGGAUGCUGAGAUUCCGAGUGGCAUCAGUCAGGGUGGUGAGUCCUGGAUCAAAAAUGAAGGUCCAGUUAUAAAGCAGGAAGCCUCUGAAGAAACGGAGUUGCACAGAAUGUCAGUAGGAGGACCUCUCAGGAACGUUUCUCAGCACUUUGAUUUUAAUAGUAAGGCAAUGAAG